AGAGGCAAUACUGUGUGUUCGACAAAACUAUAGUGACAGUUUAUUAAAAAAAGUCAACGCAACCCGGUACAAUAAAACGGAAAAUACAAAUAAUAAAAGAAAAAAAUUAACUAAAACAUUUGUAAAUUUUGUGAAAAAAAAUCCACUAAAAAACAUGGAUUUCGAUUCCAAAUGUAUGCGUGUUUUGGGCACAGCUGCCAUUUCCAUAGUGGGCUAUCAAUUGGUUACAAAAUUCCUACCCUGGUUGUAUAUUAAUAUAAUUGGUCCUAAAUUCUUGGGACCCAAAGUAAAUGUUUCACGUUUGGGCAAAUGGGCUGUAAUUACCGGUGCUACCGAUGGUAUUGGAAAAUCCUACGCCAAAGCGUUGGCCAAAAAGGGUCUGAAUGUGGUGCUCAUCAGUCGAUCUCUUAGUAAAUUGGAAACUGUAGCCAAAGAAAUCGCUGAUGCUUACAACGUUGAGACCAAAAUCAUUGAUGUUGAUUUUACCGGAUGCCAGGAAAUUUAUUCCAAAAUUAAACAGAGCAUUGAAGGUCUGGAAAUUGGUGUUUUGGUAAAUAAUGUGGGCAUGAGUUAUUCCUAUCCCGAAUUCUUUGUUGAAUUCAGUCAACAGAAUCCACAAUUCUUAAGAGACAUUAUAUCGGCCAAUGUACACUCGGUGCUACAAAUGACCGCUUUAAUAUUGCCACAAAUGGUGGAAAGAAAGAAGGGUGCUGUAAUAAAUAUAUCAUCUACAGCUGGUGUUAUACCGAAUCCCCUAUUAACGGUAUAUAGUUCUACCAAGGCCUUUGUUGAUAAAUUCAGUGCCGAUUUACAAACCGAAUAUCGUGCCCAAGGCAUUGUAGUGCAAAGUAUUCAACCCGGUUUUGUGGCCACCAACAUGACAAAAAUACGCAAAACCAGUGCCUUCGCACCCUCAGCCGAUACCUAUGUCGCAUCGGCUCUUAAAACUUUAGGUAUUGCCGAACGUACCGCUGGCUAUUUACCGCACACUCUUAUGCAAAAUGCUCUCAGUGCUAUUGCGUGCAUUUUCUGUGAACAAUUUGCUAGUCAAUUAGUAUUUAAACAAUUACUCAAUACCCGCAAACGAGCUUUACGUAAUAUUGCCAAAAAACAAUAGUCAGUCCACAAAAUGAUUUAUUAAUGGGUAUCACAAGAGCAGAGACCAAAGAGAAGCUAAUUGAAAUAAUGCAUUAUAAACAUUGUAAUUCUUCCUCUAGUAGUUUAAUUUAAUUUGCAUUCAAAUUUUAAAGGACUGGGUUUAAUUACUAAUUUUGUUUUGUUUCUUUAGGUGAAACAAUUUGUAUGUACUAUUUAUUUAAUUUUGCUUUUAAAAAGUGUCAUAUUUUUUUAAUAAACAAAAUAUUUUAGAACAAA